AGUUUAGCUGUUGGUAUUACAGGAGCAGUUGAAAAGAAAACGUCCAAGAAGGCCUCUGUAGGUGGGAUUACUUCAAGCGCUGAGACAAAAUUAAUAACCUCAGAGAUGGCAGAUGUUGAAGCUUCAAAUGACAGUGAGAGUGAAACUGAUGAAGAUAUAGCUGGUGAAAGGUCAGCUGUUGGUAUUAAAACGAAGAAUGAAAAGAAGACUCCCAAAAAGACCGCUGUAGUUACUCCAAAUUCUGCAAAGAAGUCAAUAACCUCAGAGAUGGCUGAUGUUGCAUCAGCAAGUGACAAUGAGAGUGAAACUGAUGAUGAUAUAGCUGAUGAAAGGUCAGCUGUUGGUAUUAAAAGUAAGGGUGAAAAAAUAACUCCCAAGAAAACGACUAUAGUUACUCCAAAUUCUGCAAAGAAAUCAAUAACCUCAGAGACAGCAUAUGUUGCAUCAGAAAGUGACAGUGAGAGUGAAUCUGAUGAAGAUAUGAAUGAUGAAGACACAGCUGUCAGUAUUACAAGAAAAGUUGAAAAGAAGACUCCUAAGAAGAGCACUGUAGGCGGGGUUACUCAAAAUUCUGCAAAGAAGUUAAUAACCUCAAAGAUUUUGGAAGUUGCAUCUUCCAGUGACAGUGAGAAUGAAUCUGAUGAAGACAUAGCUGAUGAAGAGCCAGCUGCCAGUAUUACAACAGAAGUUGAAAAGAAGACUUCCCAAAAAGGCCUCUGUAGGUGUAGUUACUCCAAGAGCUGAGAAAAAUUAAUAACCUCGGAAACAGCAGAUGUUGCAUCUUUGAGUGAAUCUGAUGAAGAUAUUGUCGCCUAUUAUAAAAAAAGGUGCAAAGAAGCUCACAAGAAGGCUCUGUAGGUGGAGUUACUCCAAGAGCUGACAAGAAAGUAGCAUCUUCAAAGAGUGUAAAAAUUGCAUCUUUAAAUGAAGAUGAGAGUGAAUCAUGAUGAAGGUUCAGGUGACUGUAUUAAACCAAAUAUGAACAAAAGUUUUCGAAGCCUGCCUCUGUAGAUCUAGUUACUCCAAAAGCAGGAGAAGAAAAGCACGUCUUCAAAGAGGGUAAAAGUGGCUUCUUCAAGUGACAAUGAUAGUGAAUCUAAUGAAGAUAUUGCUGAUGAAGAGUUAGCUCUCGGUGUUCUAAGAAAAGGUGAGAAAAAGGCCUCUUUAUGUGGGGUUUCUCCAAUAGCUGAGAAGAAAGCUACAGAGAGUGCAGAAGUUGCAUCUUCAAGCGACAAUGAGAGUGGAACAAAAGCUAUGAGAAAGAAAUUUGGAAAGACUCCUACAGGUGGUGUCGCUCUAAAGGGUCAGAGGAAACAUUUAGCUCCAGACACUAUGGAUUAUAUAUCUUCAGGUGCUGAACAUAAUGAGAGUGAAUGUGAUGUAGCAAUUGCUGAUGUCCAGAAAAGUAAAAGCCCCAAUUCACCAGCCAAGAUUCACACUCAAAAGGCCCAGAAGAGGGUUGGUGGUGAUUCUGAAGAAGUACAUAGUGAUGUUCAUUCCACGUCCUCAGUAGUUCGCCGUAGUACUAGAAGGAAAGCUUUUGAUACUGGUUCCAGCGCAUCAGAGACGAGUGAUCUCAUACCUGGUACUCCUACUCGCUCCAAGAGAAGUAGAAAAUCAUUUCCUGUGGUUACAUUAUCUGAGACACCAAUAAAAAGCUGGAAAUCCAGGAAAUCCAUUGCCACACUAGUAACUGGAAGUGAAGAGGUUGAAAACCAAAGGUCAAGAUCUACUCCACGUUCCACACAUAAGAGACCUUCAGAUAAUGAAUCUUCCCAAGAACAGCCAGCAAAAAGAUAUUCUACUAGGCUGACAAAGAAGAUGAGGACAGAUGUAUAAAUGUCAACUAGAAGUCUUUGGUAUAUAAACAAGAAUCAUGUUCUCUGCCGAUUAAGCAGUUUGAUGUUAAAUUAAUGUGUUGACUGUUAAAUUGUAGAAAAAUUAUAGUAUGUGUUAUCUAAAGGCAUUGUACAAGUUAGUCAUUGCCAUGUGUACAGCAGGUGCAAAUUUGCAUUCUGGAUCCUAUGUUCUAAUUGCUUCCUGUUUGGUUACACUUGAGAUUUUGACAAUUAUUCUGUAACAAUCUGUCUUUUCAAUUUUAGUUGCGGCAUGAAAAGUUAUUUACAAAAUAUGUUUGUCGUAUUUGAAAGUCAAAUGUACCAUACCUUACUAUGAAUCAGUGUUGAUCACAAAUCAUGUUAACUCUAUUCCUGGAAAUGUGUUGAUCUAGCGCCCUCUACAGUUGCCAUAUUGUACAUGUAUAACAGAUAAUGAAAAUCAAUGAAUAACUAAUUUUUUCAGGGUUACGACAUAGCAUAUUCUAAUAAUAUUCUCUUCUGGAUAUAAAUGAUUACUCUGCCAUGCAUUUCUACCCAGUCUUACAGUGCAAUGUGUUUUGAUUACAUUUUGUUAUAUAAAUAUAUACUUAUUCUUGUGUUUAAUAUAUAAGUUAUGUUAAUAAAUCUGUUAUAAUUGCA